UUAUUAAAUGUAAUCACCAAUAUUUUUUUUUUUUUUGAACAAUUUGUAAGGGCGGACUCGAAUCCGCCAAGGGGAGAGGAGUGCACCACUGCACCGAUAAGAUACCACUUAACCCGUAGAACCUGGUGCAAAUGUAAUCACCAAUACUUAUCAAAAAAAAAUAAAUAAAUAAAAUUGUAAUCACCAAUAGCGCAUUUAAGAUUCUUCAUUUAUGUGAUUAAAAGUUCACAACCCUAUUAAACCCGUGUAGAAGCACAAUCCGCCUUGGCAAAUUUUCUGAUUGUUUCCAUGGAAAAGCAUGUUCUUCUCUUCUUAACGGUGCAUUUUCUUUCUUUACAUUUCUCAAACCAGAUGCUGCAACCCUUCGAAUCUCAGGCUCUUCUGAGUAUCCAGCAGCUUCUUAACUACCCAUCAGCUCUAAGCAGUUUUAACUACAGCACCUUGGAUUUCUGCAGCAUUGAACCAACACCAUCUCUGACACUGGUUUGCUAUGAAGAUAAUCUGACCCAGCUGCACAUUUUAGGCAAAAAUGCGGUUCCUCUAUUGCCUCAAAACUUCUCCAUUGAUUAUUUAUUUGCAACUCUUGGCAGAUUUUCAAGCUUGAAAGUUAUGUCUUUGGUUUCCCUAGGGCUGCGGGGGGAACUUCCUGGCAAUAUUGCUCGGUUAUCUUCACUGGAAAUACUCAAUCUGAGUUCAAACUACUUCAGUGGCUCCAUCCCUUCAGAACUUUCUUCUCUGAGGAACCUCCAGACUCUCAUUCUAGACCAUAACAGCUUCACCGGUCAGGUCUCUAGUUGGCUCAGCUCUCUGCAUUCUUUAUCUGUUUUUAGUGUCAAGAACAAUUCCCUAGAUGGGUCUCUCCCAGAUUCCAUUGCAACCUUGCAGAAUCUCCGGAUCCUCAUUGUCUCUGGUAACCAGUUAUCUGGAGAAGUUCCUGAUCUUCAGAACUUGACAAACCUUCAAGUUCUUGACCUAGAAGACAACCAUUUUGGACCUCAUUUUCCUAGUCUGCAAAACAAGGUGCUCACUCUUGUACUCAAAAACAACAGCUUUCAGUCUGGGAUUCCUCCUGAAUUAGGCUUCUUUUAUCAGCUUCAGAAGCUAGAUAUUUCCUUGAAUGGAUUUGUAGGACCAUUUCUUCCAUCCCUGUUGGCAUUGCCUGCAAUUAAUUAUCUUGAUAUCUCUGGAAAUAAACUGACAGGAAGACUCUUCUUGAACAUGUCCUGCAAUCCUGAACUAGCCUUUGUAAAUUUAUCCACAAAUUUCUUAACUGGAAAUUUACCUACAUGUCUGCAAUCAACCUCUUCGAAAAGGGUUAUUCUGUACGCUAGCAAUUGCUUAUCUGAUGAAGAACGGGAGCAGGGGCAGGAGCAGCAUCCUUCCGAACUCUGCCACAAUGAAGCUUUGGCUGUGAAGAUUUUGCCUGAUUUGCAGAAGAAUAAGAGACAUGAUGCAAAGGCAGUUCUUGCAUCAAGUAUAAUAGGAGGGAUUGGGGUGACAACAAUAAUUGUCUAUCUGGUUUCCUGGAUUUUGCAGAGAAAAAACUGCAGGAAUACUUUGAGGAAGAGUCCUUCCACAAGGUUGAUAAUCAAUAAAGUGUCAGCAGUUAACACUGCCAAACUGCUAUCUGAUGCAAGGUAUAUAUCAGAAACAAUGAAAAUGGGAGCAAAUCUUCCUCCUUAUCGGACAUUUGCUUUGGAGGAACUUAAGAACACAACGAAUAACUUUGAUCCUUCAAGUUUGAUGGAUGACUAUCAGACUUAUAGAGGGGAGCUCAAAGAUGGCACUCUGGUUGCCAUGAGAAGCUUAAAAAUGAAAAAGAGAAGCAGGAUCACAUAUACCCACCAUAUUGAGCUGGUAUCAAAACUCAGACAUACCCAUUUGGCCAGUGCUCUUGGACACUGCUUUGAAUGCUGCCUUGAUGAUUCUUCAACCAUUGGCUUAGCAUAUCUAAUAUUUGAGUAUGUCUCAAAUUGCACGCUAAGAGACUGCAUCUCUGGAGUGUUGGAACAGAGACUCUCUUGGACACAGAGGAUAGCUGCAGCAAUUGGUGUCACAAAGGGCAUUCAGUUCCUUCAUACAGGGAUUGUUCCUGGGGUAUUUUCAAAUAAUCUGAAGAUCACAGAUGUUUUAGUCGAUCAGAAUCUUCGUGUAAAGAUCAGAAGUUAUAACCUUCCUCUUAUAACAGAAAACUGGGGAACGGUGGGUGCGAGGGUUUGUUAUCAAGAAUCAAAAGCAAAUACUCAACCGAGGGAAAAUCAUAAGGACAAGAAUGAUGUUUAUGACAUGGGAGUAAUCUUACUUGAAAUGAUUGUUGGAAGGACAAUCAUGUCUGAAAAUGAUGUUGAAGUCACAAAGGAUAUUUUACAAGUAAGCCUUACCAUGGAUGAUACAGCUCGAAGAAGUAUAGCUGAUCCAAAAAUUGUGAAGGAAUGCUCAGCUGAAUCAUUGAAGAUAGCAAUGGAAUUAUGUCUAAGGUGUCUGUCCAAUGAACCAGCUGACAGGCCUUCUGUUGAAGAUGUUCUUUGGAACAUGCAGUUUGCAGCACAGCUUCAGGAUUCUCCAAGAGGUGACUCCCAGAACUCUCUGUAGCCACCUUCCCAGGCUGAUCUUCCGAACAAAUGUAACAUCAACAAUAUCCAUUUAAUUGCAAAAUCAUGAUCUGUAUAUCCACAAAGCAGAUUCAACAAGGUUGUCUGUACUUCUCUUUCGAGUUUUGACAAUUGGUGUUUUUCUUUAUGGAUUUGGGGAAAUGAAAAAUUGGUUUCCUU